AUGAGAACACAAGCGUUUUUAUGUGUUGUCCUCUUUAUAGGAGGGGAUAUAGCUGCACCUUUUUCUUUUGAAAAGGAUGGAAAAAUUGUGAUAUCAGGAGAAACAUUCGAUGACAAUUUCAUUAAAUGUAAAGCAAAACAUGAUAUCGUGGAUGUUAUGGUACCGUUGAAUGCUCUUAACUAUGACGAGUCUAUGAAAUCUAUUUCCUUGGAGUCUAUGGCGGAGAUUGAUUUUGAUAUAAAGCGCCUCGAUAUGACGGUUUUCCUAGUAGAAGCUGAUCUUAAGGAUGGCAAACGUGUUGACAAAGGACUGUACUUAUGUAAGAAUGGUGAGGAGAAAAUGGUUCUGUCUAAUGGAAGAGCAGCGGCGGCUUCAACAAACGACAAUAAAUUAGUCUAUUUCGGAGCCAGCGAUGGUUUAUAUGUUUAUAAUGUUGACUCCAAGUCCGCUGUUAAAUAUGGAAAUUUUUCCGAUAGCAUUAUUGAUAUCGCUACAAACGAAGAUGGAAAACUCAUUUACAUUCUGAGUGAAGAUCACAAAUUAUAUAAUGUGACAAAUGAAGGCGCAGACAAAGAGUUGCUCCAAGAUGUAGAAGAUGCCCAGGAAAUUGUUUUGGAUUAUUUUGAAAAUAUUUACUUCUAUGACUCCAAUAAGGAUGUAUUCAUUAAAAAUGCUGAUGGGAUUAUCAAAGUUCUGGGUCUACCGGAAGGCAGGAAAUCCCUUAAGUUUUUGGGCCAAGAGUUCCUUAAAGAGCCAUAUGUUACUUUGAUGAUAGACAACGCUCUAUACGUUAUCUAUCCUUUUGGAUUUCCUUAUGCAAUUGCUGUGGAAUUGAGCCCUAAUGCGUUACCAACUGCUAAUGGCCUUUGA